GAGACUUGUUGAUCAUGACAGCUUGAGACUCGUCUCCCGCGGUUAUUUUCCGACAAAUGGUGACCCCGACGUGAUACAGACCGGGGAAUUUCGGCUGCCACGAACGGAGACUGCGUUGGGUUCGGGUCCCGCAGCUAGACGGACGGCGAAAGAGUGAAAGAUUGGACUCCGCGCCUCGGGUGACCACAGCGGUGGGCUCGACCGAUACGUGCUGCUGAAGCUUGGAGGGCUGCAACAGCGCUGACGUAGGUAAGGAUGGACAGGCAAGCAGCAUAUGAUUUAUUUACCGCCUUCUUGAGAAAGAGACAAUUUCAGGGGCUAGAUCUAGAGAAGGAACUCCCUGCCCUGUUGAGUCACGCGGUAUCGUACGGGUUCUUUGCCAACCCUCACUUGGUACACACGCUAGAUGAAUGGCGGCGGUAUGGGGAUAAGCUCUGGGAGUUAGUUUUGGAGGACGACAUGCCAGCGAAAAAGAUGAGUAAACUAUGGAAGGCGGUACAUAACGAAUUACUCAUGAGUCAGGCGGAGAAAAGGGCAGCUCAGGGAGCUCAGGCGGCUCAAGAAACGAACAAAGAUUAUGGGUUGGUAUGGGAUAGCACUCCGAACCCUCCCUCUUAUCGCACGUUUAUGCUACCCUCUGCUCCCCCUGCGCCCAUAAACGGAACACAGGAGGGAUCAGUCACGGAAUCAGCGGAGGCACCUCUGCGCCGAACAACAGGGCCGUCAGCCCUGGGCGACUCCGAACCGAUUCCCGGUGCCGAGUCUGACCUUGCGGAGGCUAUAGCCAGGGAGAGACGGGAGUUGUGGACCAUGUUAGCAAGACAUGGGAUGGAAGGCGGAGAUAAUGAGCUUGUGCAGGCAGCAACAGAAAAUCUUGCGUUCCCAGUUGUUUGUACUCCCACGCCGCAGGGCGGAAUACAAGCAGAAAUUCGAACUCUAGAUUGGAAGAUGUUGUCCCAACUACGGGCUACAGUGGGGACAUACGGAGUAACCAGUGAGCCGGCUAGACAGAUGAUGGAAUAUUUAUUCAGCACGCAUAUACUCCUCCCGGCCGAUAUUAGAGGCAUAGCUAGAUUAAUUUAUACCCCUCUCCAACUAAUAUUGUUUAAUGCACACUGGCAGCAGGAAGCCGCGGUAUCGGUGGCAGUGCAGAGAGGUCCAGGAGACCCACUGGCAGGUAUAACAGUAGAACAAUUGAUGGGUCUUGGGGCAUGGACUCGGGUAGAAGCACAAGCAAUUUCCGGGCCUGACGUCUCCUGAGAAAUAAUGGCCGUAGCCAGACGGGCUAUGGACAAGAUAAAGGCUCCUGGAGGUACACCUAUUUACAUGGGGAUACGACAGGGGCGGGAAGAGCCAUUGGGUGAUUUUGUGGAUAAAGUUAUGGAUGCGAUCAAAAAGGCUAGCGUACCAGAAUACAUGCAAGGAGCGCUGCUUAAGGAGUGCGUACUACAGAACGGGAACCCUACCACCCGGUCUCUUGUAAACACACUACCUGGGGACUGGUCGGUCCCAGAGUUACUGGAGAAGGCUGCCACGGUCCCCUCCGGAACCCAGGCCUCCCUAGUCAGCGCCUUGCAAAAAAUUGGAGAUGGGUUGCGAGAACAGGCUAGGGCAUUUCAGGAACAGUCGAGGUCAGCUCAAACUCAGGUGUUGGCAGCCCUUGCGCCCCUCCAAGCUGCAGCCUCCAUGGGCCCCCACUCGCGCGGCAACUCCCGCAUGAAGUGCUUUCGCUGUGGGAAUGUCGGACACAUCCGCCGUGAAUGCCAAGCAGAUGGGGUCUGGUGCGGCAAGUGUCAAUCGAACACCCACAACGCCAACGCCUGCCGCCGAAAGUCGGGAAACGCGAGGAGCAGCGCGAACAGCAGCCGCGCCCGGACACAAGUAGCAGCUGCAGCAUCGAACGCCCCCGACGGCAACAACCCCAGCCUGCCACAAGCGGGAGCCUCAGCCUGAACGUGGCAGCCUCAGUAGAUGUUACCAUUUUAUCCAACCAACCCCACCGAAUUGCUACCGGACUGUUUGGCCCUGUUAUGAUAAAUGGACAAGCGGUGGGAGGGCUGCUGCUAGGAAGAUCAUCAGCCAGCAUGCUGGGGCUAUUUGUCUUGCCUGGGAUCAUAGAUGCAGAUUACCAAGGAGAAAUUAUGGUUAUGGCGCAUACCCCCUACCCGCCAAUAAGGAUUAACAAGGGGCAACGGAUAGCUCAGCUAGUUCCGCUGCCACAACUAACGAAAGGGAUGACACCCCUAAAGCAGGAACCGAGGGAGCAAAAAGGAUUCGGCUCAACUGGGGGACUGACUCUGCUCACUAUCGACCUGUCAGAUCGCCCAAAGAAACCAUGCACAUUGUAUUACCGAAAUCAGAGCAUUAUUCUGACAGGAUUAUUGGACACGGGCGCAGAUACAUCGAUCAUUACCCCAGGAGAAUGGCCGUCGGAAUGGCCACUCCAGUCGUCCACUACCACGGUGACCGGGGUUGGAGGAGUGGCGUUAGCGAGCCGGACCCCUAUGCUCACGGUAGAAAUAGACGGCCGAAGAGCCACAGCUGUGUUCUCACUAGCCUUGCUCCCGCCCACAGUAUCCUGCCUUAUCGGUAGAGACGUGUUGGCCCAAUUAGGCCUUGUCCUUACCAAUGAACACCCUUUAGGAUAACGGCCAUUGCUUGGACUUUCCUCAUUACCUACUGUAUAAAUAUAAUACCAAUGUGCCUAAUAAACGAGACUUGUUGAUCAUGACAGCUUGA